AUGACGAUCACCCACAUCACCAAAGGAUGGUCACUACAGCAGGAGGAACAAGAAGAGAUGCAGAAGGUCAUGGACGAAGGUAUCUUGAGGCACGAGACGACCAACUGGCUGAAGCGGACCGGCUGGUCGGCCCACUUUACCGGCAGGAACCUGAUGGAUAUCCAGGCCUGUAGUAAGAUGCCCGGCCGAGGUAACGAGGGCAAUGACGAGGUGCUGCGGCAUAUGAACGAAGUUCUAGAUCGACUCUUCUUUGACCGCUGCAUCGGCGGACUGAAGAGCAUGCCCCUGAUGACCCGACUGCUGCUAGCCAGCCCACACCCUCACGACGCCCACAGCCGACCGUUCGGGCCGCUGCAGGAGAAGACCAGUAUGGACCGGUAUCUGGUCUACAUAAAACGAUUUCUAUGCUACUGCCUCAAUGUAUUGUCGCUAGAAGAAGAGGUACUCCUGGCCGACCACGGCUUUCGCUUUACGCCAGCGCAAAGGGCCAGCCUCGAGACGCUCUGGGCCCAUCUGCAAGGGGAGGCAUCAGAGUCAGAGUCAGAGUCAGAGUCAGAAGGGGAGGUCGAGGGGGGCAGGCCAUUACACAGCCACCGCCGUCGCCGCAGCCAUGAUGGCCUUAACAGCAAGAACGGCCUACAAGAGCGGAUACUACAGGUAUUGGCGGGCUUCUGGACGCAGCGGCUCCCUGGAGACCCUUUCGAUAGCCCGCUGUGGCACUUCGUCGGCGUGCUAGGGAUUGACGCCGAGACGGGGCAGCUGCGACCGGCCCACCUGUUCACCUACGUGCUCGCCGGUCUCGUCUUCACAGGACGGGCGCUGCUGGGGGAGUGGGCCAUACCUACCCGGGAGCGGGACGGCAUGGAAGACCUCAUCCAACGAUUCGCCCAGGUCCGGGACGUAUGGCUCUGCAAGGCCACAUACUCACCUAUGGGUUAUAUACUUAGCUUGCUCUUAUUCGGGAAGAAGAUUGCAAGGGAGACAGGGAGCAGGCUUAUGGUAUCCUGGAGUAAGCAAGGUGAGAUGAUGUACUUUAUGGGCAGGCCUAUCCUGAUGGAUAAACUCCGGACCAUGGUAGCCAUGAUGACGGUCGAUGCCGAGGAUCUCCUCUGGGGUCAGCUGAUGUUUAAGGAGGGUGAUGAUAAGCGCUUUGUGAUCCCCCUGGCCGGUAUCGAGGACGAUCUCACGCAGACAAGGCGGGGGCAAUCCUUCAUCCAUCGUAACGGUCUCGCCGGUAAGGAGGUCGAGAUGCUGAAGGACCUUAUUGCGAGCUCCCGGAAGACCGACCUCCUUGAUCAGACGGGUGAGUGGAAGUGGGCGGGUAUCAGGAAGUACCUCAAGCUGGUUAAGAAGUUCGAGGAGUUCAUGCUACUCCUCGCCCACAUCACGGGAGGUCAGCCUAGCCGAGGGGAGGAGAUCACAGGGCUACGCCUCAUCAACGGCAUCAAUAGGGAUAACAAAAAAGGUAAAAGUAGCUACUAG